AUAUAAAGGGCCCUGGCUGAGGACUUGCUUCCUCAUUCCACAGUUGGUGCCAGAACUCUCAGUCCUCCACUGAGAGAAAAUGUCCAUCCAAGUUGAGCAUCCUGCUGGUGGUUACAAGAAACUGUAUGAAACUGUGGAGGAACUCUCCUCGCCAGUCACAGCUCAUGUUACAGGCAGGAUCCCCUUCUGGCUGACCGGCAGCCUCCUUCGAUGCGGGCCUGGACUCUUUGAAGUUGGAUCUGAGCCGUUUUACCACCUGUUUGAUGGGCAAGCCCUCCUGCACAAGUUUGACUUUAAAGAGGGGCAUGUCACGUACCACAGAAGGUUCAUCCGCACUGAUGCUUACGUACGGGCAAUGACUGAGAAAAGGAUCGUCAUAACAGAAUUUGGCACCUGUGCUUUCCCAGAUCCCUGCAAGAAUAUAUUUUCCAGGUUUUUUUCUUACUUUCGAGGAGUAGAGAUUACUGACAAUGCCCUGGUUAAUAUCUACCCAGUGGGGGAAGAUUACUAUGCCUGCACAGAGACCAACUUCAUCACAAAGAUUAAUCCUGAGACCUUGGAGACAAUUGAGCAGGUUGAUCUUUGCAACUAUGUCUCCGUCAAUGGAGCCACAGCUCACCCCCACAUUGAGAGUGAUGGCACUGUGUACAACAUUGGUAACUGCUUCGGGAAAAAUUUUUCAAUUGCCUACAAUAUUGUAAAGAUCCCUCCUCUACAAGCAGACAAGGAAGAUCCAAUAAGCAAGUCAGAAGUCGUUGUACAAUUCCCCUGCAGCGAACGAUUCAAGCCAUCUUACGUCCAUAGUUUUGGCUUGACUCCCAACUACAUUGUUUUUGUGGAGACACCAGUCAAAAUUAACCUGUUCAAGUUCCUCUCUUCAUGGAGUCUUUGGGGAGCCAACUACAUGGAUUGUUUUGAGUCCAAUGAAACCAUGGGAGUUUGGCUCCAUGUCGCUGACAAAAAAGGAAGAAAGUAUCUCAAUAACAAAUACAGGACCUCUCCUUUUAACCUCUUCCACCACAUCAAUACCUAUGAAGACAAUGAGUUUCUGAUUGUGGAUCUCUGUUGCUGGAAAGGGUUUGAAUUUGUUUAUAAUUACUUAUACUUAGCCAACUUACGUGAGAACUGGGAAGAGGUGAAGAAAAAUGCCAGCAAGGCUCCCCAGCCUGAAGUUAGAAGAUAUGUUCUUCCUUUGAAUAUUGACAAGGCUGACACAGGCAAGAAUUUAGUCACACUCCCCAACACCACUGCCACUGCAAUUCUGUGCAGUGAUGAGACCAUCUGGCUGGAACCUGAGGUUCUCUUUGCAGGGCCUCGUCAAGCGUUUGAGUUUCCUCAAAUCAACUACCAGAAGUACGGAGGGAAACCUUAUACUUACACAUAUGGACUUGGCUUGAACCACUUUGUUCCAGACAGGCUUUGUAAAUUGAAUGUCAAAACUAAAGAAACUUGGGUAUGGCAAGAGCCUGAUUCCUAUCCAUCAGAACCCAUCUUUGUUUCUCACCCAGAGGCCUUGGAGGAAGAUGAUGGUGUAGUUCUAAGUGUGGUGGUGAGCCCUGGAACAGGACAAAAGCCUGCUUAUCUCCUGAUUCUGAAUGCCAAGGACUUGAGUGAAGUUGCCAGGGCUGAAGUGGAGAUUAACAUCCCUGUCACCUUUCAUGGACUGUUCAAAAAAUCCUGAACACAUUCUACCAAGAUAUGUUUCUGAUGAUAAAACCAAGAAAAAUAUAGUCAGGUCUGCAAUCAAAUCCUGUUCAGUUUCAGCCUGCUGUUUUAUAUGGUUUUAACUUGCAGACACACACUAUUUUGCAAUGUUUUCCAGAAAGAACAGAGUUGAACAAGCAAUUACUUCUAAAAUCAAGUCUAUAUUUAGAAAAUAAGACUUUCUAUGUGAGACAGAUCAUAACUAAAAAUCUCUUUAUAUAGUUAGCAAUCAAAUAUAAAAUGAAUGUGGAUUUAUUAACCUGUUUUUUAUUCCUAUUAUAAAAGCGUAUUUUAGGCAUCUAUCUGCUCCAAUAUAUUUUAACAUUUAAAAGCCAAAGUGUUCUACACCUGAUUGCAGCUCUGCUGAGUCAAGGUGGUAUUGUGCAAAAGGCUUCAUUAUUAAAUGGCAAACCAAACUCUUUUUCAAACCAGGGACAAUCAUUUAAGAGUAAUCAUUGUAAUUGCAUAUAUGUUAUUGCUAAAAGAUUUUCAAGCUUUAUGAACUUUUACAUUUCUGCUUAAUAUAGGCAAUUACUACUAUUUCUGUUUUGUUUUUUUAAUGAGGAAACCUAUCUUUAAUCAACAGAGGGCAUGCCACCAAAUAAUAUGUUAGAGAUUAUCUAUUAAAAGCUUACAUAACAACAAAAAAUCAUAAAUAGUAUUGAUUGUACUAGUAAUUUUUUGAAAAACAAAACAUAAAAUACAAUUUCUACUUAAAAUCGAAGUGUGGGAUACUGUUGGAGGGUCAUAUAAUUUGUUGUCUCUUCUCCUUAAUUAUAUUUAAGCACUUUGCAAUCACCUGACUGAAGAGAAAGAGAGAGAAAAUAUUAAAUGAUUAGCAUUCAGAUAGUAAUAUAUUUUAAGCACUUUUGUUGUUGCUUUUAUUAUUAUUCUCCUCUGUGCUGCAUAUUGAAAAAAGGAGAUUGGCAAAAGGUUUUAUUCUAUAUCUUUAUUAAGGUGUCUAUUUGUGCUCAGAAGUAUUACAUAUCAUUGUAUUAAGAUGAUCAGCAUUGUGUUUGACUAAGUAAAAAUAGUUUGAAGAAACAGACUGACCAUAGUACUUGAUGCAUCCAUUUGAUUUCUUUGAUUAUAUAAAAUAUAACAAACUCA